GGAGGAGCCAGAGGUUAUUACGACACAUGCCAAACUAUGAUGAAGCUUCACCUUUAUGAAACCUGUGGAAGCAUGUUGUGGGAUGGAUAAACAACAACAAAGCGCUAGUAUGGCCGCUAAUGACCCUGCUGAGCCCUCUGUUGACCCCCAGCCUGGGGACCUCAUUGAGAUCUUCAGACCGGCCUAUCAGCAUUGGGCACUCUACCUGGGCGAUGGUUAUAUCAUCAACUUAACUCCUGUUGAUGAGAGCCAAGCUGCCGCCAUGUCCAGCGUGAAGUCCGUCUUCAGCCGGAAGGCAGUGGUGCGCAUGCAGCUGCUGAAGGAUGUAGUGGGAAGCGACUCGUACCGUGUCAACAAUAAGUACGACCACAACCACACACCCUUGCCCAUCUGUGAGAUCAUCCAGCAAGCACAAGUCCUGAUUGGCCAGGAGGUGUCCUAUGACCUACUGGGGAGUAACUGCGAGCACUUUGUCACCUUGCUGCGCUACGGGGAGGGAGUAUCUGAACAGGCUACAAGGGCCAUUGGGGCCAUCAGUUUGGUCACGGCAGCAGCAAGCGCCUUCUCUGUCCUGGGACUAAUUAACUCUCGAUCCAGAAACAGGCCCUUCUGA